CGUAGAAUUAUAGUGUACCUGCACCCUUUAUAACAUGUCUCUUAAUUCCACCAGGUAUGGUAUUUACUUUUCCACAUAAAUCCCACUUGAAAGACUUGAUUUUUCUUCAUCUUCUCUUUAAAUCUUGAUGACCAACUAGCAUCACAACCUCUCUCUGAUCCAUCUCUCCAUUUUCUUCAAACCCAAAACCCACAACCAAGAAACAACCAAGAGUUUGAUCAGAGGGGUGGUGGUGGUGGUGGAGGAGGAGGAGGAGGAGGUGAUCAUGGCAGGGCAUAACAACAAUACAAUUCUAAAACGAUUCCUUGCAAUAUGCAAAAACACAAAUCUUGUACCCAUGCUGUUAAUAUCUCUUCUAUGUUCAGUUUCUUACUUCUUUGGUGUUUAUCAACAUAGUGAUGGUGCUAAUUCAACAGCCAUCAUAUCACAAGAUCAUGAUCAAAAUUGUUUAUUACCAACAAUAUCAAACAUAACAACACCCCAACCAGUUCUUAAUUUCAAGCCAAAUCAUACAGCAGAAGAAGAACUCAUUAGCGCACAGCCAUAUGUAUCUUCUACUUAUUUCCCACCUUGUGAUAUCAAAUACAGUGAGUACACACCAUGUGAAGAUUUACAAAGAUCAUUGAAGUUUACAAGAGAUAAAUUAAUUUAUAGAGAAAGACAUUGUCCUGAGAAAGAUGAGUUACUGAAGUGUAGAAUUCCGGCACCGUAUGGUUACAAGAAUCCGUUCAAAUGGCCCGUGAGUAGAGAUUUUGCAUGGUUUAGUAAUGCUCCUCAUAAACAUUUGACAGUGGAAAAAGCUGGUCAGAAUUGGAUUAGAUUUGAAGGUGAUAAGUUUAGGUUUCCUGGUGGUGGUACUAUGUUUCCUAAUGGUGCUGAUAAGUAUAUUGAUGAUAUUGCUAAGUUGAUCAAUUUCAAAGAUGGGUCUAUCAGAACUGCCAUUGACACUGGUUGUGGGGUAGCAAGUUGGGGAGCUUACCUGUUAUCUCGAAACAUCUUACCGAUAUCGUUUGCGCCCAAGGACUCACAUGAAGCUCAAGUGCAAUUUGCACUUGAAAGAGGAGUACCGGCAUUGAUUGGUGUUCUUGCUUCGAAUAGGCUUCCGUACCCAUCUAGGGCGUUCAAUAUGGCUCAUUGCUCGCGGUGUCUAAUUCCUUGGGGAUUAUUUGAUGGGCAGUACCUGAUUGAAGUUGAUAGAAUUCUACGACCCGGAGGUUACUGGGUUUUGUCAGGUCCCCCGAUCAAUUGGAAACAACAUUACAGAGGAUGGAAUAGAACUGAGGAUGACUUACAUUCCGAACAAUCACAGAUUGAAGCCGUAGCCAAAAGCUUGUGUUGGAAGAAGUUUGCAGAGAAAGGUGAUAUUGCAAUUUGGCAGAAACCUACUAACCACAUUCACUGUAAGAUAAAUCGUAAAGUCCUGCGAAGGCCAUCAUUCUGCCAAGCUCAAAAUCCUGAUCAGGCCUGGUACACUAAAAUGGAGACAUGUUUGACUCCACUUCCUGAGGUAGCCGGAUUAAGGGAAGUUUCCGGUGGGAAAUUAGCAAAUUGGCCAGAAAGAUUGACCGCAACUCCACCAAGAAUCCGUUCCGGAAGUAUUGAAGGAAUUACAGAAAAGAUGUUCCAAGAAGAUACCAAACUCUGGAAGAAAAGAUUAGCACAUUACCAGAAUGUGAAUAGUGAACUAGGGAAUAAAGAUGGUAGGUAUAGGAAUCUGCUCGACAUGAAUGCGAAAUUAGGAGGAUUUGCUGCCUCACUAGUCGAUUACCCACUGUGGGUAAUGAAUGUGGUACCUCCUGAGGCAAAGGUUGAUACGUUGGGAGUCAUUUAUGAGCGUGGAUUGAUCGGUACAUAUCAGAGCUGGUGUGAGGCGAUGUCUACUUAUCCCAGGACGUAUGAUCUCAUUCACGCAGAUUCAGUUUUUAGUCUCUAUCAAGACAGAUGCGAAAUGGAAGAUAUUUUACUGGAGAUGGAUAGAAUUUUACGGCCGGAAGGGACAGUAAUUUUUCGAGACGAUGUUGAUAUUUUGUUGAAGAUUAAAACCAUGACUGAAGGUUUUGAAUGGAGUAGCCAAAUUAUCGAUCACGAAGAUAGUCCUCAUUUUAGAGAGAAAAUCUUAUUUGCAAUGAAAAAGUAUUGGACUGCCCCUUCGGAUGCUAAGUCUGUUUCUUAACCUUAAUUUCUUCUUUUUUCGGUUUAAUAUUAUUCUUUGUAGUUGCACAAAAGAGUCAAAAAGGUAUUUGUUUUUGCCUUCAGAAUAGUUCCAGAGAAUGCAUAUACAAUGUCUGAGAAUGUGGAUGAAAUUCCCACAAUUUUCCAGAAAAUUUUCAUGUUAUACCUUUGACA